AUGGGUUCUGGCGCUUCCAAGACGGCGCAGUCCACCGCGCGCAAAUUCCCUACUCGAGCACCAGGAGGCGCUGCUGUUCCCCCGUCCUCGAGACCGGCCGCUCCCAGGGCGGCGGCGCCACCACCAGCUUCAGCAAGAGUGCCAAAAGCUUCCACAACAAAAGAUGAGGCAAUCACUACCGAUGGCGGUGACCCAGACCACAUGACAAGCCCAGACUUCUCGCAGCGGUUGAGACAAAUGGGCGUCGCGACGCCGAACCCGACCCUAUCCAACUCAUCGAUAGCGACGCCCGCUUCGCCGGCCCAAGGUGUAUCUGCGCAAGGACCGAGAUAUCCGGUAGCAUCUCAGAACCAGACCCUCACUGUCUUGCAAGCCCGGCAACGCCUCGAAGAGCAAAUCGAGUUGCAGCAGGAGAACCCGGCCACUGGGCGCAACUUUGCCGACGUAGGGACGCUUAGACAAGCUCUGGUCAUGAAGGGACUGGGCGUUCCAAACACAGAUAUCGAGAAGCGGCUGCGCUUGAGGAACGGUGUCGUGGCCAGAAUCGAGUCAGGAGGUGUCAUUUCACCACUGAACUAA